AUGGACUGCAACUCAAACCUCCACGGCUACGACACGCCGGACGCGAUGCCGUCCCACCGCGGCGACGGUACAACGUCAUCGCUUCUCCGCGAGACGGUCACCCGCAUCGACGCCAUGUCCACGAUCGAGGACCCUAUGCACAUGACCGACGUACCCGACGACAAGACCAGCAUGAGCGGCAGCAUGGACAGCAGCACCGGCAUGAGCGGAUACGAGAGUAAGAGGGAUAACGUCUCGGACAUUAUGCUCAGCGGCUAG